UACCGUGCGCCACUGUUACACUUACGUCAUAACAUUGCGCCGGUUCUACGCUGAAUGAAGCGUGCGAGAGGAUGCAGCGACAGAUCGAGCUGUCUAUGUGAUACAUUCAAGCUGUCAAAAUGAGGGAUACUCCGCUGUCAAACUGCGAGAGGCGUUUUCUUCUUAAAGCUAUAGAAGCGAAAAAACGCUUAGAUGGGAGACAGACAUACGAUUACCGGAAUAUUAAAAUCGCUUUUGGAACUGAUUAUGGCUGCUGUAGCGUGGAACUUGGAAAAACAAGGGUGUUGUGUCAGGUAUCUUGUGAGUUGGUCCCUCCAAAAGAUUCACGUCCCACAGAAGGCAUCAUGUUUUUUAAUUUGGAAUUGUCUCCCAUGGCAUCACCAGCCUUUGAGCCAAACAGGCAGUCAGAGUUGUUGGUGACGUUGAACAGACAGCUUGAGAGGUGUCUGAGGAAUUCCAAAUGCAUAGACACGGAGUCUCUCUGUGUAGUUUCAGGAGAAAAGGUUUGGCAGAUACGGGUUGAUGUCCAUGUGUUAAAUCAUGAUGGAAACUUGAUGGAUGCAGCCAGCAUUGCUGCCAUAUCUGCACUCUCACAUUUUAGGCGGCCAGAUGUCGCUAUUCAGGGACGAGAUGUCACUGUGUUCAGUCCAGAGGAGAGAGAUCCUAUUCCACUGAGCAUUUAUCACAUGCCUAUAUGUGUCAGCUUUGCUUUCUUCCUGCAGGGCUCUUAUUUGCUUGUGGACCCUUGUGAACGAGAAGAGCGAGUGAAGGAUGGAUUAUUGGUGAUAGCCAUGAACAAACAUCGAGAGAUCUGCUCCAUUCAGUCUAGUGGAGGAAUCAUGCUUCUCAAAGACCAGGUUUUAAGAUGCAGCAAAAUAGCAAGCGUAAAAGUUUCUGAAAUUACAGAGCUCAUCAACAAAGCCUUAGAGAAUGACAGAAAAAUCAGAAAGGAGGGUGGGAAGUUUGGCUUUGCUGAGUCCAUGCCCAAAGAGCGAAUCACAACCCUUAAGAGAGACGACGCCCCGGUGGAGAUGACAGAUGUCAAAGAGACUGCCAGUGACAUUGUGAACAGAACAGAAACUACCACAGAAGCUGUUCCUUCUCCUGUUCUUGUUGCCAUGGGAACUGCACAGGUAGGUGAGGGCAUCGUGAACUCGUGGGCACUCGAUGAGGAUGAAGAGGAUGAACCUCAGACAGAGGACAGAAAAACAGAUGAAGUGAUGAUUAGAUUGUCACAGAUUUCUAUCUUGAAGAGUAUACUGCCUCCAGUCUAUUGUCCUCCUACCUACUUACUAAAGUCCAUAAAUAUCUUGUGUACUAACUUCCAAGCAUGGUUUAACUCGUUACUACGCAUGCGCGCCAUCCUGAUGCACGCCGCUCUGACAGCUGAGAGAAUCUCACUUUAA